AUGAACAACGCACUGCACCCGUGUUGUGAUCCGUCCUCGCCAAGUCCCAUUUGGGAAGGGAAUCCAAGAGGGGAAGUCAUCGAUGUCGGCGGAAUCGACACGUACGUUUCUCGAGCCAUUAAGUCAAAGUCCGAUGUGGCAAGUCUCCAAAAAACGCAGUCAGAAGUACAACCCAGCGAUAAGAAAAGAGUCAUUCUCUUCCUCACUGAAGGUCAUGGGAUAUACUUACCAAACGCCCAGCUUCUGGCUGAUUCCUUCGCAUCACAUCUCAACUGCGAUGUUUUGAUGCCAGACCAAUUCGCUGGACAGGCUCGGCUCCCAAAGGGAAUUGAGCCAAAUUUCCCACCAGGGGCUAAAGUCCCCUGGACAGAAGAUAAGAAAGAUCCCAAUUAUGAGCUCAGAGGUCUUGCAACGCCACUUCAAGACAAAUCCGAAAGUUCAGAUGCAUAUCCUUUUCUGAAGCCUCCGUGGUGGAUACAGCAAGGACCCAAGGCCUUCGAAGAAUGGAAGAUGCGGCACGAGCCUCCUGUGACUGACCUGCUGCUUGCACGGGUGAUCAAGUACAUUCGUGACACGUAUGGGAAAGGUGUCAAGAUCGGAGGAGUCGGUUAUUGUUUUGGGGGACGGUAUGUUAUGCGUUUGAUGGGAGCUGGAGUUCUCGACGUGGGUGUUGUCAAUCAUGCGUCUUUCUUCACCAUGGAGGAAGUCGCGAAGAUUGGGAAAGGUAAAAGUCUUGCUAUGUAUGCUGCGGAGACAGACGAUAUCUUACCGCCUGAGAAAAGGCGACAGACUGAAGACUUGUUGACUUCGGCGGGUGCUACUUGGAUGAGUACUGUGUUCAGUGGGACGAAGCACGGUUUCAGCGUUCGUGGGGAUUUGAGUAUCAAGGAGGUGAGAUUGGCGAAGGAGAGAGCUUUCAAAGGGGCAGUGGAAUGGUUUAAUGAUUGGUUGUAA